AUGGGUAACAGUAGGAGGAAGAAGCAUGAUCUGGAGUUAGAGAAAGCUCGCUUAAUCAGCUUAGCCCUUGAUUUCGGCUUCGACCAACACUCCGCCAGCAAUUGCUUCGAUCGUCUUCUCGCUCUCUACGGUGAUGAUGGUCGUGAUUUUAUCACCGUCGAGCACUGCGGCGAUGAUUUUCUCGCGGUUUUGGCGGAGUCCAUGCAAGCCACUGAGGAAUGGGAUGAUUUGCAGGAAAUGGAAUCACAAGCUUGUGGAACUUUGUCUCACAUGCUUGACAAAACUGUUGGCACGUGCGGUAAUGCAGAUGAUGAUUCUUCUAGAUGCUUCAUUAAUAUUAUUGACGAUUCGCCCGAAUCUCAGAAGCACCACAGGAAAGUAGUGGAGUUGGAUUCCAGUGAUGAUGAGUAUGUGGACUUUAGUAUUUCAAGGGAAAAAUCUGUAUUUCUUGGACAACAUUCCCCAAAAUAUACGGAUUGCAGAAGUGGCAUCACUCAAGGCUCAGUUCCCAGCAAAAUACAAUCGUCCUUUACUUCGAACGAUAAGAACGGAACUCUCUCUUAUGAAGAAUUGCAGGCUCUAGAUGAUAUUGAAUUGGCAAAUGUUGUUAUCUUUGGUAAUAGGACAUUUCGACCAUUGCAGCAUCAAGCAUGUAAAGCAGCUUUGGCAAAGCAUGAUUCUUUUAUUCUUAUGCCUACUGGGGGUGGUAAAUCUCUUUGCUAUCAGCUUCCAGCAACUCUUCAACCAGGUGUCACAGUAGUUGUAUCUCCCUUACUUUCACUCAUUCAGGAUCAGAUAAUAACACUAAAUCUCAAGUUUGGAAUACCCGCAACUUUUUUAAAUUCUCAACAAACUACUUCCCAAGCCACAGCUGUCCUCCAAGAGCUAAGGAAAGAUAAACCGUCUUGCAAGCUCUUGUAUGUGACCCCCGAGAGAAUUGCUGGCAACCAUUCAUUUCUUGAGAUACUAAAAUGCAUGCAUCAAAAGGGGCAGCUAGCAGGUUUUGUUGUUGAUGAGGCACACUGUGUUAGCCAAUGGGGACAUGAUUUCCGGCCUGAUUAUCGGGGAUUAGGAUCUCUCAAGCAAAACUUUCCAGAUGUACCUGUCAUGGCAUUGACUGCCACUGCAACCCACUCAGUUCGUGAGGACAUUUUAAAUGCUUUGAGAAUCCCCCAUGCACUUGUUCUUGAAAGAAGCUUUGACAGACCGAAUUUGAAGUAUGAAGUAAUUGUUAAGACAAAGGAACCACUGAAGCAGCUUGGACAACUACUAAUGGAUUGUUUCAAGAAUCAGUGUGGAAUUGUUUACUGCCUUUCAAAAAAUGAAUGUGUAGAGGUCUCCAAAUUUUUGAAUGAGAAAUGUAAGAUUAAGACAGUGUAUUACCAUGCUGGCUUGGCUGCUCGCCAGAGAGUUGCUGUUCAAAAGAAAUGGCAUGAGGGAGAGGUCCAUGUUGUAUGUGCAACUAUUGCUUUUGGAAUGGGGAUAGACAAACCUGAUGUUCGCUUUGUCAUCCAUAAUACAAUGUCAAAAUCAAUUGAAAGCUAUUACCAAGAAUCAGGAAGGGCUGGAAGAGAUAAUCUUCCGGCAGUUUGCAUUGCUCUAUACCAGAAGAAGGAUUUUAGUAGAGUUGUAUGCAUGAUAAGAAACGGCCAAGGAUAUAAAAGGGAAAGUUUUAAGACAGCAAUGGCUCAAGCCAAAAAGAUGCAACAGUACUGUGAACUAAAGGUUGAAUGCCGGAGACAAAGUUUACUCAAACACUUUGGAGAAUCUUUUGAUCGAAAAGCCUGCAAGUAUGGAUCUAACCCCUGUGAUAACUGUCUUAAGAUUGCAUUGUAAAUUGCUGUACGUUCAAUUUCAAGUAUGAUAUGCUCUAACCAACUCUGUGGAGCAUCACAA